AAAAACUUCCUCAUUUCUCUUUGGAGUUUAGACUUUAGACGCUCCAUCCAAAAAGCAUAAAAAAAUCUCCCACUUCAUGAUGCUCACGUUCUAUUAAUCAAUCCACAAUUCCCUCCCAAUUUUCCAUUUCCCCCAAAUCAAAAUCUGCCCUCAAAUCAUUUCGUUAAUCCCACCACCAAAGGCCAAAUCUCAACCAAUAUUAUUUUACUCAAAAAUCUCUACAAAUCCAAACAGACAAAACCCACCUUCUUGUUUUCUACAGCCAUGACAGAGGUCCUCCAUUCUCCAUCUUCAUCUUCUUCUUCUAUGCAAACCCACCAUGACACUGCAUUGUUUCAGUAUGUAAAUCAAGAAUCGGAAGAAUCAGUAGACAGGGUUUCUAGGGUUACCGAUUGCCAAGAAGAUGACGACGAAGACGAUGAAUUGAAUGUUCGAAGAGAAAGGGAUAAUCAACAGCUGUCGUUAUUGGCACUUUUGUUUACCCUAUUCAGGAAAUCUUUCUGGGUUGCUGCUUCUUGCAAGACCACAGCUACAGAAGAGCAGCAAGAUCUUUCUGCUAUGGAGAUUGGAUGGCCCACUAAUGUGCGCCAUGUAGCGCAUGUUACCUUCGAUCGGUUCAAUGGGUUCUUGGGUCUUCCUGUUGAGUUUGAACCUGAAGUUCCCAGAAGAGCCCCUAGUGCAAGUGCUACAGUGUUUGGUGUUUCCACUGAAUCAAUGCAGUUAUCACACGACUUCAGAGGCAACAGUAUUCCAACAAUCCUCUUGCUCAUGCAGCAUCGCUUGUAUAGUCAGGGUGGCUUACAGGCUGAAGGUGUUUUUAGAAUCAAUGCAGAGAAUAGUCAAGAAGAACAUUUGAGGAAUCAGUUGAAUAGUGGAGUGGUUCCAAAUGGUAUUGAUGUACAUUGUUUGGCUGGUCUUAUUAAGGCAUGGUUUAGAGAGCUACCGAGGGGAGUGUUGGACCCACUUUCACCUGAGCGGGUAAUGCAGUGUGAGUCGGAGGAAGAUUGUGGUGCCCUGGUCAGGCUCCUACCCCUGACCGAAGCUGCCCUACUUGAUUGGGCAGUUAAUCUCAUGGCUGAUGUUGUCCAACAACAACAUUUUAACAAAAUGAAUGCUCACAACAUUGCCAUGGUUUUUGCACCCAACAUGACACAGAUGGCAGAUCCACUGACAGCUUUGAUGUAUGCAGUCCAAGUAAUGAAGUUUUUAAAAACCCUCGUCACAAAAACCCUCCGUCAAAGACAAGAUUCACUUCUGGAACCCUCUGCAAGUCCGCCAGAUGAGAACGACCACCACCACCACCACCACCACGGGCCGCCAUGUCUCCGCCACAGCCACGAGGGAGAAAAGGAGGUGGAUUCUAGCGGCUCUGAUUCUGUUUUGUUGGAUAAUGUAACGGAUGAUGAUCAUCUCAGCUGCUCAACCUCCACUGAAGAAUCUUAUGGAACUGGGUUUUGUGAAACUCCCGUGGCGGAGAAGAGCAAAGGGAUUGUGAAUCUGAGCUCGAUCACCGCGUUGAUGGAGAGGAUUGAGACGUGGCGGUGAUCGGAGAGUGAUGGUGGUUGGAGGAGGUGGAGGAUGGUGGGUGUAAGUAGUAAGUAGUAGUGAUUGUGUUUUAGGGUUUGUGAAGGGUUUGUAUGAACUUGUUUGUGGAAUUUCUUUUUUUAUCAAUUUAAAUUCAAUCAUUUUGUUUGUUUUUUUUUUUUUUUGUAAUUUGAAGUAAUUCUCUUAUAUUCUUUGUCAAUUUAUACGUUGUGUUAUUAUAUAACAAAUCGUAAAUUUAUCGUACAAUAUGUUCUUAAGGUUAAAUGUAAGAAACAAUAAUCUAAUUUCAUUUAUUUGUAUGUUAUGAUAUCUUAGUUUUGUUUAUUUCUAAUACAAUGGUAUACUUUUGACUUUUUUUUAAGGUAUUAUAAUUUGAAAAUUUUAUGUGAUUAUGUCGUACUUAUUAACUUUUUUCUUUGUUAUGAUAUUACAAUUUUUAAAAAUCUACCUAAUUUAUUAUUGCAAUUUCAUUUUUUUUUCCUCAUUAGAACAUUAGAUUAGGAAAAACAUCAAAAUAAAUUAAUACUAGUUAAAAUUGCUUUGUAUUUAAUAACAUUAGCGAUUUUCGACUUCUCUUACAACUUACAACAUUGUAUUUUGAAAAUUUUGUCUAUUUCUAGCGAUAUCUAUUUAUAGAAAUAAAAAUAGGAUGCUAAAAACAAAUAUAGUACAUCGAUAUUUCUUGUAUUUAAGCCUUCUUUACGCUUUUGUUACUUUUGUCGAGAGUCAAGACAUUCACGUGGUGAACAAUAUAUCGACUUUGGUAAGAUUGAAAUAAUAAAGUAUAUUAAAAGGAUGAAUUUUAAAGAAAUCUUGACCACUAAUUUAUAUCCACAUCACCAUAACAAUUGACCACUCAUCCAUUAAUUGUUUCUUCAACUGUCAAACACAUGAUCACCUAUUUGAUAGCACCCCCUCCCUCCUCACCUUGUGGACCUUGACCUAAUCAACUACCCCUACCCACCCUACCCACCCCACCCCACCCCACCCCACCCCUCAUCAUGUUAACCUUGUAUCUAGGAGGCUUUAUCUGUGUUCCCACUUGUUUUGUGUAUUUGUGUUGUUCAUCACACAAUCAUCAUCUCUAAAAGGAUAAUAAAAAAAAAAACAGUACCUGAAAAUAUGGCUGCCUGUGGAAGCCUUCAACAUAUCUUUGAUAAGCCAUCGCCAUUAGAGACCCCAAAAGCUUCCAUUGAUGAUUCAUGGAAACGCAUCAAUCCCAAUAAAGCCAUUGACGAUAUGUUCAGUGAGCUUCAUUUCAAUGAGAAAAACGAUUUACGUCCAUCCACCAACCAUUAUCAAUGCACGAGUGUUGGCAUGAAUUCAGAAAGCUUAUCCAUGUGCACCGAAGGCCUUGGUUUUGAAAGCUUUGAUGACGUGGUUGAAGAUAUGAAAGAAAAACAAGAUGUUCAUAUUGAUCAUCAACGUAAACAACAACAACAGGAGGAAAGAACGACAAAGCAUGCAGUAUCAGAGAUGUUAUCAGGUGAUCAGUCGAAGAGGUCGAGGAUAAAAGGAAUGGAAUUCCCUCCACCAAUUUCUUCUAUUGGAAUCAGUGGGAAGCCAUGGGUGUAUCUUGAAUCUUUUCGUAGCAAUGGAAGGUUUAUUCUUAAGGAGGUAAAGAUCCCGACUCAAGAACUCUUGCAUGCAUGUCGAGAAGAUGGAAGAUUGAAGUUGCAGUUUAUUCAGUCUGAUGGUGAAGCAUUAAAUGAAGAAGACGAUGAUGAAGAGAGAAAAAAUGGAGGUGAAGUCCGUAACAAUGGUGAUGGUACAUGAUCAAAUGAGAUUAGAGGAGAUCAGUCGCCAUAUAGAUGGGAAGUGUUUAAUUUCUUUGUGAAUAAUCAUUUGUUUUUUUUGCAUGAAUUAAGUAUAAUCAUCUGUUGAGUAGUGUUUAUGAUGUAAAUUUCAAGCAUUUUCAUGAUUCUAGAAGUAAUAAAACUUUGUCGUAGGUUCGAGAAGGAUGUGUGUUCGUAUUUUUGGUGGAGCAAAAGUUUAUGUUAUAAA